CCGGCGGGGGCAGGAAGAGACGGGGCGGCUCCGGGAAGGAUCCCGAGCGCCUGCGCUGCGGACGGUGCCGGAAGGCUGCGGGAGGCGGCCGCCGUGGCGGUGCCGGGCAGGGCGGAGGUCGCGCCGCGGGCCGGGGCAGCAGCAAAAUGCUGCCAACCACGCUGGGUAAUUCUGGGAGCCAGGGCAAUGGUGUGCUGAGCCGCAGAGAUGCUGCGAGGCACACGGCCGGAGCAAAACGCUACAAGUACCUCCGGAGGCUCUUCCACUUCCGACAGAUGGACUUCGAGUUUGCGCUCUGGCAGAUGCUUUACCUGUUCACUUCACCACAGAGGGUUUACAGGAACUUUCACUACAGAAAACAGACAAAGGACCAAUGGGCAAGAGAUGAUCCCGCUUUCCUUGUGCUACUCAGUAUCUGGCUCUGCGUGUCUACUGUAGGAUUUGGAUUUGUGUUGGACAUGGGCUUUUUUGAAACAAUAAAACUGCUACUUUGGGUUGUAUUCAUAGACUGCGUAGGCGUGGGGCUCCUGAUUGCAACUCUGAUGUGGUUCAUUUCAAAUAAGUACUUAGUGAAGCAGCAGAACAGAGAUUAUGAUGUGGAGUGGGGAUAUGCCUUUGAUGUACAUCUGAAUGCUUUCUACCCUCUUCUAGUCAUUCUGCAUUUUAUCCAGCUGUUCUUCAUCAACUAUGUCAUCAUAUCUGAUUCUGUCAUUGGGUAUUUUGUUGGGAAUACGUUAUGGCUGAUUGCAAUCGGCUAUUACAUCUACGUGACAUUCCUGGGAUACAGUGGAAUCCUACAUCACUGAUCAUCCACUUCAGCUCAACAGAAAAAAUACUUCAUAUUUAGUGCCUGUGGUUUGAUACCAUUGAAGGACUCGGGGCCUGUGUACCUUCCUUUUAGAGAUAAUAACGGUUUUCCCCUUGAAAAAAGGCUUCUUAAAAUUAAGCUACUUCAACUUCCAGCAGUUCACUGUUUACAGCAGAACUUAGCAAAACCCUUUAGAGACUUCUAAGGUCAGAAAGGUGACACUCAAGGACUAAUUCACCAGGUCUCCAUGGGCUGUGUGUUGUACAUCAGCAAUCAAUGCUAGCCUGAAAACACCAGUUGUUUAAUAGCUUUUCAGCCUUAUGCUGGUGAUUGUAAAGAUGAUUUAAAAAUACAAUGACUUUUUUUUUUUCCUCCCUUUCUAGCUAGAGUUACUUGUUCUAGCUUUUUCAGAAUACAUCCUUCCUAGUAAGAACAAAUGUAGAACCUUGGGUUCAUAUAUUCUAGGGGAGCAAGGCUUAAGAGCAUUUCAUUUUUCUUUUCCCCUAUGAGACUAAAAUAAUACUUUCCAAGUUGGAGGGGAACUACAAACUACUGAUACUUCAUCUGGAGCAAGUACUUCCAACAAAAUACAGAGAUUACUGAAAUUAUAAUAUAUCUGGGAAAAAAAAAAACCAAACAAACUGGUACACAGUUUCCAAAUGUUUCCAAAGACUAAUCACAGGUCAGCUCAUUCAAGGAACUGUGUUUCACACAGGCAAAGUAUAAAUCGCUUUGCUCUAAACUGACUCAAGGUAUUUAAAAACUGCUUCAAAACAGCUAGACAAGCAGUGAUACAACAGGAGACUCCAGUCUUUUCUUGGUCCAUGAAUCACAUCUAUCUGAAUUUUUCUAAUCCAUCUUUAAGUACAAAAAAAAAAAAAAAGAAUAUAUCCAUAGGAAUUUUUUCCAUCAAUGAAAACACACAAUUGAGAUGCCUGCAAAAGCUCAAAGCCUUAUACAGUGCUUUAGAAACACUCUAAUUAUCACAUCCUGUUCACAUUAUUUACAAAGUGUUCAGUAGCAUGACCCACUGAAUGAGCAAAGCAAGAUUAUACUGGCAGUCUUGUGUUUUCUUGGUCCCAAGCAAUCCUGAUCAGCUCAAAAAAGCAAAUGUUCACAUCAGCCAGGCUGUUAGGCAUCCAGUAUAAGAAGUUCAUUUGCCCAGGUAAUGCAGGUUUCUGGCUAUACCUUUGGUUUCACAAAAGUUUGCUUUUCUGGAGCUUUAACAGCAUCAGAAGGAGCUAACAGGAAUAUAGGAUAGUGCAGUUUUUUUCCAAACACUUUCCAUUAUUGGAUAUCUCUUAAGAUUCAGCGGCCUCACGGGGAUUUUGAAGGUGACAACAAAAGUAACUUUAAAUACAUGUAGGGGAGAACUCCCUCAAAACAGGUAAUAGGUUUAAGAUGCUGUUUAAGGGACAAUAUUAUCUUGUGAUAAUAUUGUCCCUUACAAUGGAGAUGUGCGGGAAACACCCGCCUGCUGGUGCAGACCCAGUCAGAAACAGUACCCAAGCUAAAAACUGAUGAGCCAAACAGCCCAGGUGUUCUUACUUCACCAUACUUCCACGAAGGAGUCUUGCACCACUUUAGCCUGAUUUGGAACUUAAAAGUACUAAGCCGAAAAGAGCUGUCUGCAGAAAUAAUCUACCUGAUUACACCAACUCUGAAUAUACCUGAAUCUAUAAAAUAUAAUUUGUAUUGAUAAUGUGGCACAUUUAUCUAGAGAGCCUGUAAGCUCUCAGGAACAUUGAAAGUAUUGAAACAGCCCAGAGUAUUUUUAACUCCUGCUACUACAAUGUAAUAAAAAUGCAUCAAUCUUUAGAAAACAACCCACAUUUUACCACAGACUAGUUAAAUUUGUUGUCUUGGAUCUUCUCAACAUUUUUGAAAACUAAAUAUACUACUAACCAAUCUUGCAAUCAAUGUGGUAAGGGUUCUGUGUAUUUAAAUAUAUUAGCAGUGAUUCAUCUUAACUACUGUGAAAUGUCAGGAACAGUGAUGCUUUUAGAAUAAGCACACAGGUUUCUUACAUAAAUAGUACCAGUAAACUUCCAGACUCAUGGAAAAAAUGGAAAAGGUCACUGUCAACAAAAUUAAUUAUAUUAAGAAACUGCAAUAUCUAAUGUAUUUCUGCAGUCUGGAUUGUAAUAAAUAACCCUAGUUUAAAUAACUUGCAUCAUUCAUUCACAGACACAGCUGAAAAGAAAACCUAAAUACUUUCUCAGACCUUUGCUAGCUGAUGUGUGAUUAAAAAAAGCCAUUGCAUGUCAGUAAUUUGAUGGCAGGGCAUUAUACAGGAACCAAAUGGGGCUGUAGCACCACAAUAGGCUAGAGUCACAUGGGAUUCAGAGCCUAGUCACCCACAUUCCUAAAUCCAAGAAUGAACUCCAUUUAUGUGUUUAGCUUAUGCCUACAGCAUCUAUGGGCAACACAAGCUUUCCAAGUAACAUUUUAUUUGCACCACCUGAUGCAAUCAGGAAAAGUAAACAAGGUCCAUUUGGUAUCUAUUUUUUCUUGAAAUUACACCAGUCAAUCUAAACAGAAGGUCUUGCUCUGGGUACAAAUCUUGUCUUCCCUGUGUCCCCAGACAACAUAGCUAAACCAAAAUGACAGCAGUCUGUAGAAGUAGUUAAGUUCUUCAACUUGAAUAUUGCUGAACUGUCAAAGCUAUGGCACAAUUCUCCAACAAGGCAGAAGAGAAGACAGGUUGACACUAUAAUCCAGUGGCGCUUGCAGUGCUAGCAAGGCAGCUUUAGGCUCCUGCUCCUUACAAGCCUAUGUGAAAGGGAGCCCAAAUCUAUCAGCUGAACUUUAAUAGGGAAGUACAAAUUCAAGACCCCUGCUCUAGAUCAGGGAACCUGCAACAGGUUUUGUGCAUCUGUGCCCUGAUCACAAAGACAAUAAAGGUCUUUUCCAACUUAA